GCAGCACGAGUGGUCCAACUGAUUGCGUUUGGUUCAGGUCGGGAUAACGGCGCGUCCACGCGAAGUUCACGUUGACAACAAACUUUUUGCCAAAAUUUUAGUUUGCCUCGAAAUAAUCAUACAGUUCAUAUUUGAAAAUGUCCAGAGACUCGUGGGCACAAGCCGUCGACGCUCAAGAGACUUCAACUCCAUCCUCUCGGAAAGUUGAUCGACUUCGUGGGAAUCUUAACAUGGCAGGAGACAUAAAUGCCAAUAUCGUGCCUGAGAUUCCUAAAGGUUAUCAUAAUUGGGGACCAGAUGGGGACAAAGUGGAUCUGGCUGAACAGUCCCUGCUAAAUAAACUGAUCCGCCGCUCUCUGGUGAGGAACAGGAACCAGGUGGAGGUCCUGCAGGCGGACCCCACCUCCCCUCUGUUCUCCGUGAAAACCUUUGAGGAGCUCAGACUGCAACCUGAACUGUUGAAAGGUGUGUACAACAUGGGUUUCAACAGACCAUCCAGAAUCCAGGAAAAUGCUCUGCCCAUGAUGUUGGCCCAGCCACAUCAGAAUCUGAUCGCCCAGUCACAGUCUGGCACAGGUAAAACUGCUGCCUUCUCUCUGGCCAUGCUCAGCCAUGUGAACCCUGCCAAUAAGUGGACUCAGUGCCUCUGUAUCGCGCCAACGUAUGAACUCGCACUGCAGAUUGGUCAAGUAAUCGAGCAAAUGGGGAAAUUCUGUCCAGAUGUGGAACUGGCCUACGCCAUUCGAGGGAACAGAAUGGAGCGAGGCAUCAUGUUAAAAGAGCAGAUUGUCAUCGGAACACCCGGCACGGUCCUCGACUGGUGCACCAAGUACAAGCAUAUCGACCCCAAGAAGAUCACUCUGUUUGUGCUGGACGAGGCUGACGUGAUGAUCGCCACGCAGGGCCAUCGAGACCAGAGCAUUCGAAUCUACAGGCAGCUGAGCAAAAACUGCCAGAUGCUGCUUUUCUCUGCAACCUUUGAGGACUCUGUGUGGAAGUUUGCAGAGCAAGUGAUUCCUGACCCCAAUAUCAUCAAGCUGAAGCGCGAAGAGGAGACGCUGGACACCAUCAAACAGUUCUAUGUAAUGUGCAGGAAUAAGGAGGACAAGUUUGCAGCACUCUGUAAUCUGUAUGGCAGCCUUACCAUUGCACAGGCCAUGAUUUUCUGCCACACUCGGAAGAUGGCCGGCUGGCUAGCAGCAAGCCUGAUCCAAGAGGGCCACCAGGUAGCACUGCUGAGUGGAGAGAUGAUGGUGGAGCAGAGAGCCGCUGCCAUCGAACGCUUCAGGAACGGCAAAGAGAAGGUGCUUGUAACUACAAACGUGUGUUCCAGAGGCAUCGAUGUGGAGCAGAUUUCCCUCGUGGUCAACUUCGACCUCCCGGUGGACUUGGGUGGGGACGCCGACAACGAUACAUACCUACACCGGAUUGGUCGCACGGGACGUUUUGGCCGGCAAGGGUUUGCUGUGAGCAUGGUGGACAGCGUACACAGCAUGGAUAUCAUAAAGCAAAUAGAGACACACUUCAAAAGGAAAAUCCGAAAGCUUGACACAAACAAUCUGGAGGAGAUGGAGAAGCUAAUGAGCUGAAUUCUUUUCUGCAUGCACGACCCACAGCUGAUGCACCAAAGACUUCACCUCAAAUGUGACUUAUUGUUUACCUUUUAUUGUUUAAAGAUGCAUGCAAAUGUUAAAAAAGCUUUGAUUUAGACAGUAAUUUGUGCCUGAUUUUCAAUUUAAUUUAAUGUGACAUCGAUGACCAGCACUCAGAGGAACUGUGAGUUAACCACUAGUUGUUUAAGAGUGUUAGAUGCAUGUUGUUUGCAGUGUUAGAUGUGAAGUGAACUAAUAUAAUGUUGGUGGGAUAUAAGAAUGUAGUUUGCAUGACAUAUUCAAGUUAUUGUUCUAUUUAAAUAAGAGUGAUUUGAAGCAUUA